AUGAUUAUUCAAGGAACAACAGGAACAGGCAAAUCUUUCUUGAUAGAUUGCAUCAGACAAAAGUUAAAUAUCUCUGAAAGCAAUAAGACAAAGACAUUAUUAGUUCUUGCACCUACAGGUGUUGCUACUUAUAAUAUUCAAGGAACAACUAUUCAUGCAGGCCUCCGCAUUCCUAUAAAAGAAAUGCAUCCUUUGACAGGGCAAGCAUUGUUCACCUUCCAAGAGCAUUUUAGGCAUGUUAAACAUCUUCUAAUAGAUAAAAUGAGCUUCUUGGGUCCUAAAUUGCUAUUGAAGAUUGGCAGUCGCCUCCGCCAAGCAUUCUCUGAUAGACAACAUGAAACCUUUGGUGGACUCUCCAUGAUCCUUGUAGGUGACCUUGGACAGCUCCUGCCUGUGAUGGACAAACCAGCUUAUGCUUCGCACUCUACAACUCUCAACUUGUGGCGUUCAUUUACAAUAGUUGUAAAAUUGCAUACAGUUUUCCGCCAACAAGGUACCUCUGUUAAGCAACAAGAAUUCAAAAGCAUGCUCCAAAACAUAAGAGAUGCUCAGCCUAACAAGCAUGACUGGCAGAUGUUAAUGAUCCAAACAAAUGCAAAUUUCACCCUUUUGCAUCAAAAUGAAUUCAACUCAUCGACCCAUUUGUUUGCAACAAAUAGCUCAACAAUGCUGCACAACAAAAGAACGUUGAAGGCAUUAAAUUUGCCCAUUGCUCUCAGCAUUGCACAUAUUGCACAACAAACUAAUAUUGAAUAUGAUAACAAUGAACAGUUACCAUUGGAGCUGCUAUUAUGUGAAAAUCAGCAGGUGAUGUUGCUAGCUAACUUAUGGAUUGAAGUUGGCCUUGUGAAUGGUUCCAUUGGCCUUGUUAAAAACAUUAUCUAUAAACUGAAUACCAAACCACCAGACUUGCCAAAAUUUGUUAUUGUUCACUUUCAGAAUUAUAAAGGCCCUCCAUGGGAUACAUUGCAUCCAAAUGACAUACCCAUUACUCCCAUUACCCGAGGUAGGCAUACACAAAUUUUGUUGACAACCGCUUGGGCUAUAACUAUUCACAAAUCUCAAGGUCUUACAUUAGAUAAAGCUACAAUAGACAUAGGAAACACUGAAAAGCAAGGCCUAACAUUUACAACUAUCUCAAGGGUCACAUCAAUUGAUGGAAUACGCAUUCACCCACCUUUCUCAUUUGAAAGGUAUGCAAAAAUGCAAAAAAGUGCUUUUACCACCAUAAGAAAGAAGGAAGAAGCUCGCUUGCAAAAACUCUUAGCCCUCACAAGUACAUCGCUAGAUUGCAAUCUACAGCUAUGA